AUGGCUCCUCCGGCAAUCAUUGCGCCGUCGAUUCUCUCGGCCGACUUUGCCAAGCUCGGAGAGGAGUGCUCGAGGACGAUUGCGCAAGGCGCCGACUGGCUGCACGUCGACAUCAUGGACGGCCACUUUGUGCCCAAUAUCACGUUUGGCGCCCCCGUUGUCACUAUGAUCCGGCCGCACGUGGACGGGCCGGAGCAGCACUUUGGCAAGGGCACGUUUGACUGCCACAUGAUGAUUGCAGAGCCCCGCCGAGACGUCGGCCUUCAAGACGAACCCCGCGACCUCAUCCGCUACAUUCACGAGCAGGGCAUGCUGGCGGGGAUUGCCAUCAAGCCCUCCACAAAGGUGGACGUGUUGUGGGAUGUCUUGGAGAGCCCCCACGAGAAGGAGAGGCCGGAUAUGGUACUCGUCAUGACGGUCGAGCCCGGUUUCGGCGGCCAAAAGUUUAUGGCUUCCGAACUCCCCAAGGUCGAGGAGCUCCGCAGGCGGUACCCGAACCUCAACAUCGAGGUCGACGGUGGCCUCGGGCCCGGUACUAUUGACCAGGCUGCGGAUGCGGGCGCCAACGUCAUCGUUGCCGGCAGCGCUGUGUUUGGGUCUGAGGAUCCGGCCCAGGCUAUCAAGCUGUUGAGGGAGGCGGUGGAGAAGAGGAGGUAA